CGCACUUGAACGAAUCGCACUUGACUGUUUCUUCGACAACAUGGAGGUCCCGACCGACGACAUCCGCUUCCAGAUCGAGCUCGAGUUCAUCCAAUGCUUGGCGAGUCCGUCGUAUCUGAACCAUUUGGCGAUCAACCAGUACUUUGAAAACCCGGCCUUCCUCAACUACCUGCAAUACCUCAAGUACUGGAAGAAGCCCGAGUACGCUCGUUAUGUCAACUACCCCCAUGCGUUGACGUUCCUCGACCUAUUGGACGACGAGAAGUUUCGCCAGAUGAUCGCCCACGAUAACUUUCGCGAUUUGGUGCACCAGCAACAAGGGUUACAUUGGAUGCAUUACUACAAUAAUCGCGUCAAGGCAGCGGCCGCACAAGCAGCAGACGUCGUCGAAUAACAUAACUAUACACUGCAUAUACUGCGUCUCCCGCCCGCAUAUAGACAUUUGCUCCACCAGAGUCUUUCUUGGUACCACCA